AUGUCCCUUGUCUACAAGUUGUUGAAGGAAUUGAUGGAGAUUAUGGUUUUAUUGGUUUUCCUCAUCAUUUAGGUGCAAAAAAAAAAAAAAGGGACAAUUUAGGAUAAGAUCAUGGACUGCUGAA